AUGGAAGCCCACCGGAUCUUCUUCGAACGCCCGUUCGAUUACAAAUACGCCCGGGAAUACAGUGGAACCCUGAUGACCCCAACCUUGUGGAUCACCGCCGCCUACGUGAUCCUGGUUUUUGGAACCAAGGCCUACAUGAAGGAUCGGAAACCGUUUGAUGUGAGUUUGAGAUAUGUUAUUCGUUGUCUGUUCAACAGAUUUCAGGGAAUCUGAAAAAUGGGGAGAAAUUAAAAGAAAAAGAUAGAAUAACGUAUUUUAAAUAAUUAAAAAUACUAUUAUUGUCCUUCAAAAGACAUCUCAUAGUGAGGCGACCUCAUUUCCGCCGAUUUUACCGUUGAAUUUUUGAAUUCCCGCCAAAUUUUUAAAUCCUUGGCAUUAUGCAACAGCCGUCGGAAAUGACUGAAAAUAGAUAUAAUUAGCGUGGAAAACGGUUUCAAAGUUGCUAGACUUGUUUUUCUUUUAAUUUGGACCCUUAAUUUUUAAAUGUUCAAAUUCCCGCCAAAUUGGCAAAUCUUUGGCAUUAUGUCACAACCUCUAAAAAUGGCUAAUUAUUUGCAUUGAAAGCAUUUGGCGACUUACUGCGGUAAAAAAUGACAAAAAAAUUAAAUCUUGCCAUUUUUAAAGCAAAAAAUCCCUAGAAGCGGCAUUUUAUGUCUAAAUCAAUAUAAUUUCAGCUCCGCCGCCCGCUCCAACUGUGGAAUUUGGGCCUGGCUCUCUACAGUGGAGCUGCUUUCCUCAUCGCGACUAAAGAAAUUCUCUCGACCUGGUUCAACAAAGGCCUGACCGCCACUUACACUGACAUCAACAGUUUUUACGAGGGAACUUGCGGCGCUUGGGCCUAUUUGUUCAUGAUCUCCAAGUACUACGAACUCGGCGACACCGCAUUCUUGGUGUUGAGAAAGCGGCCAUUGCUGCUGAUGCACUGGCUUCACCAUUUGACGACCUUGAACUUGGUCUUGGCUGGCUAUCAUUACGAUACGCAUUUGUACAGCUGGCUGCUGUGGAUGAAUACCUUGUAAGUUGCGGUAAAUUGAAGCCACCGGACUACAAAGGUUUUUCGCAUUGAAAAUUUUUAUCGUUUAUACUUGAAAAUUACAAAAAAAAAUUUUUAAUUUUUGCACUGUGCAAAAAAUAAAAAGUCUUAAAAAUUGUAAAAUACGAUAAGACAAUGUUAUUUUUUCGUUUUCUAUGUCUUAUUUAAUAACAGAGAGCCCAUACAUAUCAAAAAUGAAUUCAUUUUACCCUGUCAAUGCAGUUUUUCAAGCAAAUUUUUUCACUGCACAGUGCAUAAAAUCAAAAUGCUGAAAAGAAGUGUAAAAUACGUCUAGAUUAAUUCGCCUUGUAUUAGAUUUUGGAGAUACUCGUCUAACAAACAUUACAAUUAAUAUUUCAAACAAAAAAAAUUCCAAUAUUACCUGUAUAUUCAAUUUUUUGACAAAAUUUUUUACUGCACUGUGCAAAAUCAUAGAGCCAAUGGGAAUUGUAAAAUACGGACAAUCCUGGUGUCUCGGUAAUUUGAGGAUAACAGAAAGAAUUUUUCUACACAAUACAUAGCUUUUUCCGGUCAAAAUAACAUAGAAAUUACUGUAACAAACCAAAGUUUUUGACUGCACAGUGCAAAAUCGUAUAGCUGGUGGGAAUUGUAAAAUAUGGUCAGUCCUUGUGUGCUGGUAAUUUGAGGAUAACAGAGAGAAUUUUUCUACACAAUAAAUAGUUUUUUCCGGUCGAAAUAACAUGUAGAUUACUGUAACAAACCAAAGUUUUUGACUGCACAGUGCAAAAUCGUAUAGCUGUAAUGAUAAUUGUAAAAUACGACGGGAUGCUUUGUAUCAGUAGCUUGGGACAACAAAGAGAAUUUUAUAUGCCAGAUACAUAGUUUUUACCGGUCGAAAUAACAUAUAGAUUACUAUAACAAAUCAAAGUUUUCGACUGCACAGUCCAAAUUUUCAAAAAUUUUUAGCCUACAUUUUUCUCCCUAAACUUUUAUUUUUUUCAGUAUUCACACUCUGAUGUAUUCCUACUACUUGCUGGCUUCCUGUGGCUACCGUCUUCCGGCCGGAUUCGCCAAAAAAAUCACGACCAUGCAGAUCAUCCAGUUCUGCAUUGGGCUCUCAAUUCUGGCCCAUAUUGGGGUCCUGAAACUGUUCACCGACCGCGAAGUCCAUUGCAAUUGGAGAAUGUGGUGGGGCACCGUGUUCAUGGAGAUCCUGUACCUGACGCUCUUCUCGCACUUCUACUACGUCAGCUACAUUAAGGACGGGGGCAAGAAGUUUGUGAGGGAUCAGAACGAAAAGAAACAAGUCAAGGCUCAGUAG